AUGGAACAGAGCAAUAAAACGAUAAAGCCAAUUGUAGUCAUCCUCGGCUCUACGGGGACUGGCAAAACGAAACUGUCUCUCGAGUUAGGUACACGGUACGGGGGUGAGGUUAUCAGCGCCGAUUCGAUGCAGGUGUAUAAAAAUUUGGACAUUGUCACAGCAAAGGCGACUAAAGAUGAGCAGAAGUUAGUAAAGCACCACAUGCUGGACGUAACCUCUAUUGAUCAGGCCUUCACCGUCACUCAUUUCCGCGAGCAGGCGCUACCGAUUAUCGAUUCUUUGCUAGCGGACGAGCGCAUACCGAUCAUAGUGGGCGGCACGAACUACUACAUAGAAAGCCUACUUUGGCAAAUCCUGAUCAGUGAUGGUGUUAAACGCACUACUGAGCUAACCCAUUGCAUGUGUAUAGGGAUCUCCGCACUGAAGACGGUAAGCAGCACGUGCGGUGGUCCACUGAUGGUGAAAAGCUCGUCACGACAAAGGACGGCACUGGAGGUAUACGUGGAGUCCGGUGGAACACAAACCAUGAGCCAAAUGUUGGCUGCCCAGCGCGCGGCACCAGGGGCAUCCAGACUUGGAGGCUCUCUACGCUAUCGGAACGUCGUAAUGCUUUGGCUGCAGUGCGAACAGGAAACUCUCGAUAAACGGCUGGAGGUCCGGGUCGAUAGCAUGGUAUCGCAAGGUUUACUAACGGAGAUCAGAGCGUUCUACAAAAGCCAUGUGAAGCCGUAUGACCACUGUGACUACCACAAGGGUGUGCUUCAAAGCAUUGGUUUCAAGGAGUUCGCCGGGUACUUAGAGCGCUACGAUGCCGACACUGACCGUAUGCUGCUGGAGGACGGUGAACCAACACUCGGAUCGGCGCCGUCGGAGGCGGCCCGCUUAAUGCUAGCCGACUGCCUGAACAACUUGAAGCUGGUAACCAAGCGAUAUGCUCGCCGGCAGUUACGCUGGAUACGGAACCGCUUCCUAAGCAACACUGGUCGAGAGGUGCCGCCAAUAUACGCAUUGGACACCACGGACAACGACCAGUGGGACGCGAACGUUCUGGGUAGAGCGACCGCUAUUAUCGAUGCAAUUGUAGCUGGCAGGGCCCCACCGUAUACGGGGGAAUCAAAAAUCGUCCAUCAAGCAGAUGGACUCGCUACAGAGAAGUCCUUCGAGUGUCAAGCGUGCCAGAGGGUCAUAGUUGGGGAAUACCAGUGGCAGUUGCACAUUCGAUCGAAAAAGCAUCACAUGAUAAUGAAAAACCAGCAUCGACGGGAUAUUUCACAAGUAAGAACGCCUUGUUCGGUCGCUGGCGCUAGCGUAACGAAGAAUCUGCCCUGAUGUAGCGUUGACGCAUUGCAUUACUGUCCCUGGACCUCCAUUUGUUUAGCAUUACUGUCCCUGGACCUCCAUUUGGAGCGAAAUAGCGCGUUAGCAGGCGCGCAUUUGACUUCAGAUGUUUAACAAUAAUCAUGUAUAACUUUAUUUUGUUUGAAGGAUCAAGUUGCUCUGUUUUAUUACAUUCUUCUUUUUAGUGUAUUAGGUAAAUAUAAUGUUUUCGUUUUUUUUUUAUCAGACCAGUUGCGUUCGAUAAUGUUUGCAAAGUUCUAGUGAACGAUCGAUCACUGGUUCGCUUAUUGUCAGUUUUCGGUGUACGGGGAAGAUAACGUUCGGAAUUUCCUUCUCGUAUGAAUUACAGUGUAUAAUAGAGGAUCCAACUAACAAGUGUAAUUUGGAUCAAAAAACAUUGAUAUGCUAGGUUCGGUAGCUUAGCGCGGCCCAGUAUGUGUAUGGGUCCUAUCGUGGGCAUGACUCGACUGCUCCCCCAUUCCCACUUCUAUUAGCCAAUUCUGCCCCUGUUAUCAGUUUCUCGUUAUUGUCACUGUGACGUGUCUCUGCCGGCGCCUGUGCUUUAUGCUUACUAUUCGAUUGCCUAUACAAAGC